UGCCCUCCAUGGGCAUCUGUACAUGCGAUAUCCGGAUAGCCGCUGGAUAACCCCCGGCGACACACUUCCUAUCGCCGAAACAAAACCCAUCCCAAUCCUCCAAACCACCCUCCCUUGCACAAGCCCAUACCUCCUCCUAUCCAUCGACCCAGACGUCCAGUACGGCACCACUUCCACCAUCGUCCUACACUGGCUCCAGUCUCUACGCGCAGACUGCCAAACAGGUCUCUUAUACGAAAAUCCUAAAUCAGAGCAAACGGCAGCGUAUAUCUCCCCUCAACCACCGGAACGAUCGCACCAUCGCUAUAUAUUCCUCCUCUUCAAGCAGCCGGAUGACUACAAGCUCCCGGAAUGCUACCAGCACAUCCUCCCAGCUACAAAAGAGGCACGCGUGGGCUUUAAUCCAAAAGAGUUCGUCGAAGUACUGGGAUUAGGAAGCCCGCUUACCGAGAACUGGUUCUAUGUUGAGAACGGGGGCGAGCCGGUGGCUAGUGAUGUGGCUCCUACGACGACUUCGCUGAGGGCUGUUUGUACCGGCGCUAGUGCUCGUAACGAGUUGUAGUGAUACCACAAAGAAGAAGGGAUCCGUGUAAUGCUAAUUGAAAGAAACAAAGUUUAGUACUGUCAAUUUGCAAAAAACGGUUGUGUAACGAUGCUGCAAACCCUGUAGAUGAGCAGUGAAACAUAGCAUUCCUCACAUGUGCCGAGGUCACUGGCUGAUUCAG